AUGGCUACCAACGGAUCAUUCACCAACCAGGAUCAGUACAAAUCCUCGGUUGACCAGUCAGCUGCUACAUCAGCCCCAGCUGAUGCAGGCUCUUCGGGAAACAGCCUUUCCAAGGAUGAGGUUGGCUGGUACUUUGUCGAGCAAUACUACACUACCCUGAGCAAAUCGCCCGAGAAGCUGCAUCUGUUCUACGGCAAGGCGUCCCAAUUCGUGUCUGGACUCGAGGCUGAGGUCGCCAAUGUCUCCGUCGGUCGUCAGCCUAUCCAAGAGCGCAUCAAGCAGCUCGACUUCCAGGACUGCAAAGUCCGAGUUUCCAACGUCGAUUCUCAAGCUUCCUACGACAACAUCGUCAUCCAGGUCAUUGGUGAAAUCUCAAACAAGUCUGGAGAGCCUAAGAAAUUCGUCCAGACUUUCGUUCUCGCCCAGCAGCCUUCCGGCUACUUUGUUCUCAAUGACAUCCUCAGGUACAUUAGCGAAGACCAGGAGGAACAGCCUGCCGAAGCCGAGCUGGAGGCCCCUGCUGCCGAGCCCGAAGUGACCGCCGAAGAGGUUCCUGCUGCUGCCGAGCCUGAACCCGUCGAGAAGGAGGACAAGGCGGAGACUGUCAAUGCCGACGAGGUGGACCAGAAGCUUCAGGAGGUUUCCGAGGUCAACGGCACCGAGGUCGAGGAGCCCGCUGUUGCUGCAGAGACCACCGAGGCUGAGCCCGAGAAGCCCGCCCCCGUUGACCCCGAAGCCGCUGCUAAGGAGGCUGCGGACGAGGAAGCCAAGGCGGUUGCUGAGCUCCCCAAGGAGCCGACUCCCACUCCUGCCAUGAAGCCUGUCCCCCAGCCCGAAGCUGCUCCCGCCGAGCCUGCUGCCCCCCCUAAGCCCAUGACUUGGGCCAGCCGUGCCGCUGCCGCUGCCGGCCCCCGACCAGUUGUGCCCCUCCCCAAGACUGCCACCCCUCCCGCUGCCGGCCAGAACAGAGCCCCCGCUCCUACAACCGCCGCCGCGGCAGCACAGCCCAGCGCUGCCGCUGCAGCUCCUGCGACUGCUGCUGCUCCUGCUACUUCUGCUCCCGCUGCUCCCGCUGCUGAUGCUCAGGCCAAGGAAGCUUCCGGAUGGCAGACUGCCGGCGCCGAUUCCAAGCGCCAGAACCGACCCCAGUCUAUCUCUGCGAAUGCUGCCGAGAAAGAGGGCACCAUGGGCUAUGUCAAGUACGUGACGGAGAAGGUCCAGGAUGCCGACCUCCGAAACGCACUGGCUGCCUUUGGCGAGCUGACUUACUUCGACAUUAACCGUGCUAAGAACUGCGCGUUUGUUGAGUACAAGACCGUUGAGGGCUACCAGGCUGCUCUGGCCAACAAGAACCUCACCGUCAAUGGCGAGAACAUUGUUGUCGAGCCGCGACGACCCAAGUCCAACACCUACGGUGGUAACUUCGGCGCUGGCCGAGGCAAUGCUUCAGGCCGUGGCCGUGGUGGCGCUGGUGGCCAGAAUCCCCGAGGCAACUUCACCGGUCAGGUUCGCGGCCGGGGAGGUGCUGCCCGUGGUCGUGGCGGUGCCCAGGUUGCCAAUGCUUAG